CGACCGCCUCGUUCAUAACGUGUCGCCCUCGCUCACAGUCCUCAACGCGCGCAAGGACCGCGCUCAACGACUUCCGCAACGACUUCACGACAAUCCCCACCGCGCAUGGCUGUCCCACUCCCCCAAGGUCCCGAGGAGAACUGGGACGAUGAUUUCGAGUUCAACCAGCGCAACUCCCGCGGGGAUGGCGGUCUCCCUGAGGGCGCGCGUCCCGAACCGACGACGCCGCUCUCCAAGGACCGCAAAAACACUCUCAAGCGUUGGACAGAGCCGGGCCCGUCCACGCCUUCCAAGCGGUCGUCCGAGCAGCCAGAGAACUGGGAUGACGACUUCCGCGACAGCACAGACUCCCCGGCGCGUGGUCGCUCGCGCGUGCCGCACGUCGACUCGGGGCAGCAUGAGAAUUGGGACGAGGACUUUGACGAUGGCGGCGGGGGUCGCUCGCCCAAAGGCAAGGCCAGGUGGGGAUCGUCUGAUGAUGAGGACGAGUUUGGGUUUGCAGCGUCGGAGGAGGACAAGACGGUAACCUCGCGGACGCGUGGGAUGCCCCUGCACUUUGGCGACGUCCCCCCUCCAGUUCCUCCCCUGCCUUCACCGCUCCCGCACUCGCCUACACCCUCCGUCUUCUCAAUGCCAGUCUCAUCGAAUGGUCAUCGCGACUCCACGGCGUACUCGACGACAUCCCACAUUCAUUUACUCUCUACAGGCAACUCGGCGCUCGCCCACCUCCCGCCGAGCCCGCCGAUCCACCGCGAGAGGCGGCGUCUACGCAAGAAGUCGAGACCACCAGCAAAUGCGACACCCGGCAUGUACGAGCUGGAGGAGCUCCCUGACGACCUCGGCCAAGCACUCAUCCAGGCGCCUACGACGCCCGAGAAGCGCGCCAGCCUCUCACUCGAAGAACCUCCUCCAGAAGCCCCGCCGCCCAUCACCCCUGGUCCUUCCUCGGGCUCAAAUAAGACACCCCUGCUCUCGCGCAUUGGCUCGGUCGGCAAGAAGUGGGGCGCGGGACGCAAGAAACGCGCGAGCACCGGGCCGACGGAGAUCGCGCUGCAGGAGCACCACACCGAGCGGGAGCGAGACAGAGGGCGGGACCCUGAGAGAGAGCGAGAGUUGGUAUCGCGCCCGCAGUCCGUGGCGAGCAUCAUACCUUCAUCACCACCAGCUUCCUCACAUCCGAAGGGGAGCUGGUUUUUUCGCGGUGGCGGCGGCGGUGGGCCGGGGCCUCCGCCGCCCGCCCCGAUAACGCUCGAGCAUAAGACCAGCGUAGACCGCCUGCUGGCCAUGGCGGGCAUCGAGCGCACCCCACCGACGUCGCCGCGCAAAGGCAAGGCGCCCUUCAAGGACCUCAAUGCCGACAACACGGGCUCGAUCAGACUGACAGACGGAAGCACCGUGUCUUCGUCUGCCCUGUUCUUCGGGACGCCGAAGCGCAAACCGUCCCGCCCGAUGUCUGUGCAGGCACCUCAGCUCCACCCUUCCAGCUCGCAGGGAUCGAGCUCUGGGUCGAGCUGGAGCUCGCGACCGCCCGUUCCACGACACUCGUCAUACGGAUACGACCUCGGCAGGAGGUCGGCGACGCCGAGCAGUCGCGGGAGCUCGAAGCAGCGUUCGACGUCAGCGAGCGUGGCGUCCGCGAGCGUGGAGGACGUGAGCAGAAGCGAUCGCAGCCUGACCGUCCGCGAAGGCCGGCGACUCCGAGGUCAGCACCGGCAGUAUGCCACGGACUCACAGAGGCAGUCGGAGACGGAGUCUGUGGAGCAGGACCCGACGAAGGCGAAGGAGGGCAGUAGGAGCUUCAUGGGCGGAAUGCGGCGCAUCAGCCUCGGCGGGAGCAGCAAACACAAGCGUACGUCCAGCAAGAUGCCCGAUCGCGAGGAGCAGGCGCGCAAGUCGUCAGGCGCAGCGACGAUUCGUGCGGAGAGGGAGCCCGCGGAGGAGACGACACCUCGGCCGCCGUCGAGAGUGAUCCGCACGUCGCAGGACGCGCCCCUCCUCCCGCCCAUCGAACUUCAGCCACCCUCGCCCCCGCGUGAGUGCAAGCGCGAUGUGCCGGACCUGAGCAAGCUCUUCAGGUCGCAUCUGGGCCUCGAGCCGUCGCGCUCCCAUCCGGCACUCUCGUCGUCCCGCUCGGCGACCCCGCUCGCGUCUCGUCCGUCAGGUGAGGUUGUGCCCUCGAUGUCCCCUAUCCCGUCGCCGCUCCCGUCGCCCACGAAGCCGAAGCUGGCCUCGUCUCCGGGGCAGGCGGCGUCAUUGGGCAGGGCGACGCAGCCGCUGAAGGAGUUGGAAACUGUUGGGGUAGGUUCGGUCCCGCGGAGGAACUCACUGGGCGACUUGAAGAUCCCCGCGAGGAUCAGUCAGGCACAGGUCGGACUGCGCAGGGAUCUAGGGAUGGUACGAGAGUUCGCUGCGAGCAUCGAGCAAUUGAAGCAGCUGCAACAGACGUACCGUUCGUUGGUCGGCGAGAUCCAGUCCGUCAUGUACGGCGAGCACCCUCCUGACAUGCACUCGCGAGCCCUUACUCCUACAUUCUUCGGCCUCUCAAGACCAUCCUCCAGGGCACGCUCGAAUACUAACCCGGCACCUUCACCGGUCCCCCAGACGCCUCAUGAGCUCAUCUUGGCGUUUCAUUCUAUCGAAAGCAAGUAUCAAAUCUCGUGGGAGUGCGCUGAGCUGUUGAUCGAGCUCGGAAGCGGCGCGCCUCCCCAUCCGUCGUCCGCACCAACUUCGCCGCCGCAUGACCCAGCAGCGACGUCGGCGGCGGCAGUCGUAUCUGAAGGCAGGAAGGGCCGUGAGCGGGCCGUGACUCUCGCGGGAGAUGAGCCAAAGCCAAUCAUCGUAGCCCCGGGGACGGUAAGCUCUCCUCCGCUCGCGAGUCCACCUAGCACGGCGCAUUGGCGCGCAUCAACUGGGAGACAUGACCUCAGCUCGCGGCAACUGAUCUUGCUGCGCGAGAUGCUCAACAACCCCGAUAGCUCUGUGACGAUGGACUCCCGCUUGCCGAUUCCCGAGGAAGACUGGAACUCGGCCGCCGUGAAUCGUACCUGGCAUUGGGGUGACCCGCUGGGCAGCACGAUCACUCUCCCUAGCGAGAAUGGCACUCAGGCUAGUGGCUCGGGCGCAUCGGCAGCGGCAGUGGCAGCCAAGAAGCAGAAGCGGAGGAGCAGCAAGCUGGGCAUGCGGGGCAUCAGGGAUAUGCUCAAAAGCCUGAAGAAGAGCUACGCUGAAAACCCUCCGACGUCGUUGUCCCCUGUCCCAACCUCAACAAUAUCUGUGUCUGCUAGCACGGAGAGCUCGGUUCACAACGUGACCACUGAGUCUUGGCACCAGAGCUUAGUGCAGAGAAGGCGAGCGAAGACGAGUACGGGCCCCGAGUCGAUGAAGUCCAUACGAGAACACGACCGGCACCCGAACUCGCCGUACGCAACCUCGAUGUCACUCCACCGAUCGUCACCUCGCCGUCCCUCCCUCGCUUCAAUCUUCCGCAUUGGCCAGAAGAACAGGUCGAAUGCUGGCAACAACGAACAGUCGUCGGACGACCUCGGCUCGUCGAAUCCGAGCUCUGCGACGUCGGGCGGGCCGACCGGCUUAACGGAGGAGGGCGAGGAGGACUGGGACCAAGUUGAGUCGGCGUUCGAUCUGGAGCGCACAGCUCGCAUGCUGGAGGGCUCGACCGCACCGGAUACGACAGGCACUGCUACUGUUCGUGGACGUCUGAAGAAAGACAGAGGUAAGUCGCCUCCCGAACCGUCGCCCCGUCGCUCCGCGUCCGCCUUGCCUCCGCCAUCCAUUCUAGCCUCACCAACUUCGCGCCUCAAACAACUAACGGGAAGCCGGAAACCUCGCCCGCCUUCUCGAGGCAACGAGCGCUCGACUACCGCUGGUCCUAGUCCUAGUCCAAGCAGUCGUCAACCAUCCAAUGGAUCGCGACAGCCUGCCCACAAGGGUGGGCAGACGGGUAGUGUGCGCUCAGCGCCACCUCAAGGGAUUACCAGCCCCGACCCCGGGUUGGAUCUGUCCGGACUGGGUGAUCUAAAACUGGCGAUGACACCAGAGAACAUUCGGCCGCUGCUCGAGAAUGCGCGGGAGGUGCAUGCGAGAUGCGGGGAGUGCAUAGUCGAGUUGAGGGCGUUGCUUGCAACGAGCGUCCUGCUUUUCGGGUCUGCGCCGUCUGAGGCACCAUCCAGAGCAACGUCGCCGAUAGCUCGGAAUCCCUGACGCAUGGCGUCUUCGCAUACCACUCCGCUGUCGCCACGCUAUCUUGCUGCUCAGUGCAUCCACGGUACAUCAUGUAGAGUCACGCGCAUUUAUGUGUCAUAUAACGACUGCAUCUUCACGUAUAUCAUGUUUUUACGCCCAUGUUCGUCGUCGCGAAACCAG